AUGAACAAUAACGCUGUGAAGACCUGAUCAAGCCAAAGGUCAGAGUUAUUCCGCUAUUUGAAUUCACAAAAAGGUUGUUCUACUUAAGGAAAACAUGAAACCUCGCUAAUUCUUAUAAUGCAGGCGGGUGCCGGCGCCGGCGGCGGCGCUGCAUCUUCAACGGGCCAGACUUUGUCCCCAGGACAUUAUUAGACAAGGACAGACAUACAAACAUCAAAACAUCGAUACAAAAGCUUCACAGAAUCGUAAACUAAACGAAAACACAAUAAAUGCCAGUGAAACCACGAUUUAUGAUACCUAGGCAUAUCACGCCGGUCCAUUGUCCACGGGUCGACCUCCGCGGCGGCGAUACCACAGACAAUGCUCCGAUAACUCUGAAAAAAAUAUUCACGGAACACCCCCAGAAUGCCGGGGAGCUGCGCGUGCGCAUCAUAUAUUAAUCCGUGUAUUUUUUCUCGCGUGUCAGUUGUGCGCCGCCCGCCGCCGUCACCGCACGCAUGCGGCUCGAUCUGCUCUACUAUUUCAAUUGUCUGCGACGUAGGAAUUUACCGCGAUGGGUAAAUUAAUAAGUGCGCUCGUGUUUAUUCUAGUCAGUAAUUUAAGUUUGCAAGGAGUGUAUUCUUCUUUGGGUAGUUGUGCUAAUUGCGCGAAUGGGGAUCUGAGCGUGAGGGAGUUGACGGAGGCGCGGUUAGAGUUCGUGAAGCAGCAGAUUCUGAAGAAGUUGCGGCUGAGCAAGAAGCCGGCGGUGGCGCUGCCGGUCAACAGCCUCCCGAUGCCGGUGGCGGAGGGCCAGACCCUCAGCGAGGGCACCAGCAAGCCGCCGGAGUUCGACGACUACUAUGGCCGCAUGGAACAGAAGAUCAUAUUCCCUGUUGAAGGUGAAUGCUUGACGUCAGGUAGAUACCCCUUCAAGUGUCUGCAGUUCGAGCUGCCCCCAGACGUGGAACCCGAAGAGGUCAAUGUAGUCGAGCUCUGGUUUUAUAAGGAGCGUGAUCCCCUGGACGAGUACAACCAAACGUUCGUGAUCUCCGAAGCGGCUCACUGGGACAGCCAGCAGCAGUUCAAGAAGACCAAGCCCAUCGCCAUCAAGGAGACUGACAUCGGAGAAGGCUGGGUCCGGGUGGAGUUGGCCUGGGCUGUGAGGGUCUGGCUCGAGGGGAGGGAGAGACUGCACACGCUACAUGUGGCCUGCAGGACUUGUCAGUUACGCCGCGCACCUCUCUCGUUCCACCAGAAACAUCGUCCGUUCCUAGUAUUAUACACGAAGUACGCCGGCAAGCGGCGCCGGGGGCGGGCAUUAGAGUGCGGGGCUACCACCAGCGAGUGCUGCCGGGAGCCGCUGUAUGUGAGCUUCAAGCAGCUUGGCUGGGAUGACUGGAUCAUCCGCCCUGCUGGGUACCACGCAUACUUCUGCAAGGGAUCCUGUGCGCCUAUCUCCGCAGUCACCAACACCAAUAGUUAUCAUUAUAAUGUUAUUAAAAAACUUCUCUACAAAGUGUCCGAAAACAAAUCGGAAUUCAAACCUUGCUGUGCGCCGACCACGUUCAGUUCAUUACAGCUGUUAUACAUGGACUCAACGAAUACCGUCACGCAGAAGACUUUACCGAACAUGGUGGUGGAGUCCUGUGGAUGUAUGUGAAGGGUGAUAGAUUUGAGGUCAUCGUUAGAAAGGUUUUAUACCUCAAAGUGGACUAUUAAAAACAGGAUGAACAGGAGGAAAGAUCGUAAGUAGGAUCUAUCAGUCUUUUGCAAGAAGAAAAGUUGAUCAAGAUAAUUUCAGAAACAUCAAGAUUCAGCAAUGAAACAGCCAUUUUGGAGUUGGCUGGGCCAAAACUACAUUCCAUAAAUUUGAGCAACGGAAAACUAAAGCAUUUUCUUGAUAGCGAUCUAGGCUGUGCAGUUUCAUGAACUAAGACAAUAAGAACUCUAUGACAUUUAAAUAAGAGUUAGUUUUGUGUGUGUUUAGGCUAAGAUAUGAGUGAGUUUUUAUCAUAAGUAUAUAGGCAAAAUGUGAUAUUGUGUUAACUGUGGCAGCUAGUAUAAAUGGUAUGCGUUGUCUUUAGUAAGCAUGUUUCUGAUGUUAGUAAAAUUUAAGUUUUAGCAGUUUGAAUGGUUUUGAAUAUUCUCUGAUUUAAUCACUUCCGUGAUGGUACUACGAGUUCUUUGACAACAUUGUUAAAUUUGUGUGAGCAAGAUGGUGUAAUGCUUAGGCGUAGUGUUGUCUUGCUUUCACAAUAGAAACAGCUCUGUUUAACUAAAGUUUAAAAGAUUUGAAAGUGCGUUAAAUAUUAGAAUAAUUUAAAGUAUCUUUAAUGCGUAGUGUAGACAAAUGAGUGUGUAAGAAUAAUUGGUAGUGUCUCUUGUAGAAAUCUGUUGCAAACUUAUAACAAUGCAGACUCAAACAGAACUUAAAAUAAAGAUGUUCUUGAAAGAUUUGUCUACAUGUUGAGUCGACCUAAAUUACAAUAGAUCUUGAGUGUUUGAUCAAUGACUGUUGUGAGAUAUUAUAAGAUACCAGUGCAUUUAUAUAAUUUAUAGUUUUAAGCUAAUGUAUUGACAGAAUUUUUAUUUUUAAGUAGAAUUUUAAUAUACUUUCCUACUUCAUUUCUAAUUGGUCGUGCCCAGUGAAUUUGACUAUUGCUUUCAAUUUCAGCAAGAAAUCUAAUUAAUUCUGAAACUAAAACUAUACUUUACUGAGUGACUUUUUAAGUGCCUAUUCGUCUCUCUUGACAGUGAUGAAGACAACGUGACACUUAAAGGUGCAUUUUAACUAAGUGACUCUAGUGAGUGCGGUGUUCUUUAAAUUGAUGUAUAUUAAAGUUCGUUAGAAAAUAUAAUAUUUACGUUAACAAAUGUGAAUGUUAAGUAUGAUAAAUUAUCAAUAUUUGUAAAACUAUUGUAAGUUUGUAACGUAGCUAAGGACUUGUUCGUAAAGAUAUGUUCCUAUAGAUUUAGUUAGGAAAUAUAAAUGACAAAUAUUGACGAAUUGUUAAAUACAAUACCAUUAAUUAUACGCUUUUAAAAGUUCAUUUGGUUCUACAUUCAACUUUGCAGAGAUAGAGAUAGCAUAACACUUAAAGGUGACUUUUCUCUCAGAUUUUUAUCUUACAUUUUUGACAAAUUUAUAAUUCACGUGACUUACCAAUUUGUCAUUGCCAUAUUGCGAUAUUUCUUUAAGGGAACAUAUGUAGUAAUUUAAUUGGUCCUGGAUAAUAUUGCAAUAUUCAGUAGAAAGACUAUUAGAGAUUGAACAGUUAAAUAAACUUCAUGGUCUAUUAGUUCAUGUAGAAAAGAGAUAGCACUAUGUAUAGCUCUCUCCCUCUUACACAGGUAUCAUUUUUGACACAGAUUUAUAGUUACGUAGUUAUCCCAAUACUUUGUAUUUAAUUAAUUUUGUUUAAUUAAUGAAUAUUGUAUGUAUAAGUAGAGUUAAAACUCGAGUGUUUCAAAUGUACUUAAAUAUUGUCGUGUACCAGUUAUUCGCUUGAUUUUGUCACAACGGUGUCUAAGUAUUAUAGAUUAAGCGUGAAAAUUAUAGAAAAUAUUGAAAAUUAUAA